CAAUUGAAUUGCUAUGAUGUCACAUUCAUCAAGAAACAAUAUACUGAUUCCCUUGUUCGUAGCCAAGUAGCAUGAAAAGAAUUUAAAAACGCCUAAUGAAGUUAUUCUAAAUUCCUUAUGCAGAACAGCUUUACCGGUAAUAUAAGUAGAAAGUAUAUAGAUGUUUAAAACUUCAUAUGCUGAUCAGGUCGUUGUUUAUUGCUGGUGGCUGUAUGUUCACUUGGGCAUACUUUUCUAACUUCUUCCAGCUUUAGUAAGUUGUAACCUUUGAUUAACGCAUUUCUAUCUACCCUGCCGUUUUGUAAACAAUUACGAAGUUGUUCCACAGGUGUUUUACAAACAUCUCCGCGAAAUUUAGAUUUAAACGACCUACACUAACGGACACCAACCAUGCCUGCUGGCAAGACAAUGGCCAUUCGUCAAGUCAUAUUUCUACUUCUUGGAUUAAUUUGUGGUUUCCAUGUUACGCUGUUUGUUCGCCAGAAUCAAUGCCAUUUAACUUACAAACGGAACUCGCGACCAAGGACUCAAGGACAAGAACUUGGCAACCGCAAUUUCUUAUUUGUUGGUGUCAUAACAGCAGAGCAGCUAGUAAAAACUCGAGCAAAGGCUGUGUAUGAUACUUGGGGCAAACAUAUUCCUGGUAAAUUGACCUUUUUUUCUAGUGGUGACGCAGGAAAAGAGAUCGGACUGCCAAUCGUGAGCUUACCGGGCGUCGAUGAUACAUAUCCUCCGCUGAAAAAAUCCUUGAUGAUGAUUAAAUACAUGCACGAUUUCCACGUGGAUGACUAUGAGUGGUUCAUGCGAGCGGAUGAUGAUGUUUAUGUUCGAAACGAUAAGUUAAUUCGCUUCUUACAAUCAUUAAAUAGUUCGGAUGAUAUUCACCUGGGGCACGCUGGCACAGGUGCGAAGGAAGAAAUGGGAAUGUUGAGUAUGGAACCAGGUGAUAACUAUUGUAUUGGAGGACCUGGAGUUAUAUUGAGUAGAAGCGUUUUGAAAAAGGUGGCACCACAUUUGGAGUACUGUCUAGAAACAGCACCAACAUCACAUGAAGACAUUGAGGUUGGACGCUGCAUACAGCGUUACACAGGAAUUCCUUGCACUUGGGCCCUCGAGGUAAGUUCAAUAAUCCGGCGACUCUAACAAACUUAAUAGGUUUCGCUAAUGCUUACAUUCAGUUGUACCUUAUAUAACGUUGUAUCAUUGCAUAGGAACUUUGCAAUAACAAUUAACGAGAAAUUGUUAUUCAGAAUAGACUUAUACAAAUUGCCAAAUUCUUGCUAAGCUGAGGCUGGCCUUCAAUCAGAUAUCAUAGUCAAACUUCAUACAUUUUAUAACUAGUGAAGUAGCCUAGCAGCAAAAAGAGGACAACUGAAUUCUUGUAACUUCUUAUUUAUCGCAAUUUGAUUGGCUCGAUUUCAUAUAGCGUUUACUACUUACUUCCCAGCAGUCAUUUCGAGCGGGCGAAGAAGUAUUGCGCGCCGGUCUGUCUCUCGUAGACCAUAUCCGCGACUGACCGAGACCUUGCAUUUACGUACAUACAAUUUUCAGACCACUGGCUAUUCUUUCGUGUGUUAUAUACUACGGCAAUUAUUUGUGAAAUCGUUCAUGACAAAUUCAACCCGCGAGCAAAUGAGCAAGCUCUCCGGGGCGCUUCGGGGGCGGGGCGGGAGUCGCCAGAGCGCCCCCAAAGAGCUUGUUCGCAGGCUAAUGACAAAUUGACUCAAGUAGUUACAGACUUCAGUACUCCCGAAAAGUGGAACUAAAAAAGAAGAAGACAAGAAAGAAAAAUAUAAAAAAGACGUCCGUUUGAACUUGCUCCCGUAAAUUACACAUUUGAUGAUGAUGAUGAUGAUGAUGACGAUUAUAUUAGAGUAUAAUACCAUCAACUGACGUGAUACAACUCACUUUGACUCUGAAGGUGACUACCGCACAGGUUGUCGAAACGUCAGUCACUGUCAACAACAACAGUCCUAUUCAGGACUACGUUCACCCGGAAGGUCAAACUCAACCUACUUUUUAUUAUUCUUAAGUUCGAGUGAACACAACCACGUGGAAGAUAGUCCCUCUAUCUGGAAGGCUGAUUAAUAUCCACCCAAAAUAAAUUUGCCACUUAAAAGUUUUGAUCAUGUGACUUGUAUGAUCAAGAUUACACGUUUAGGUGCAGGCCGAUCUCACUACAAUAUGUAUUAACGGCAAAUGAUAUCCUGAUCUAUUGAUAACCUACAAUGCCGUUCAGCAAUUUUACCUCAUUGUUAACCCAGGUCUUAGACGCAUACCUAACUGUCUCACAGUUUCAUAUAUUCGCUUCUACUUCGUUAAAUAAUUGUUUAAUUAUACACUAAGCAUCUCUAAGUCUGUGUCUUUUGUUAUGAAUGCCUCAUAGUUGAUUAGUUAGACCCACAUCAGGUUUGAUUUGUUAUAAUAUUUUUCAAACUCUUUUUCAGAUGCGCACCCUUUUCUUUCACCACUACACAGAGAAGGGGAAGGUUUUCCAUGGUAAGUUGGACACGAGGAUUAUUAGGGAGGCCAUCACCCUUCACCCUAUCAAACAACCGGAAUAUAUGCACCGCUUACACGUACACUUUAUGAACUCAAAAAUUGAGCUUCUCCAACAUAAAGCCGUUGAACUGCAGAGGAUUUUAAGGAACAUGGAUCGACUGAUAAAAGCAGACGAAAAAAGGCUCGUUCCUCAGGAAAAAAACAGUCUUCAGAACAUUAAAGAUCAACUGGCCAAAAACUACUCUGAACAAUGGGACAUGUUUACUGCUAACUCGUACUACUUUGAUGUUAAGUUACGAUCCCCUGGGACUGGCAUUCGUGGAGCAUUAAAAAUCGAAUUAACGCAUUUACUGGAAAGCACAAUUGACCACUUAAAAGAAGAGUCCCGAAGGACUUCCCACGCUGGAAAUAAAAACGUUCAUAAAAUAAAACAUGGUUACCGACGUGUCCACCCCAUCUACGGUGUUCAGUAUGUCUUGCAACUUACGGUUAAAACGCAGAGAAAAAUCCGUGAUCAUAAACUUAAAAAAACUAGGACAAUUUCUACUCUCAACGACAGAGUGUUUCACAGCCAAAGGCCAUUGGGUAACGUGCUGUAUAGAGCUGAACCCGUUUACGACAUGUCUCCUUAUGUACACUUCCUUGUUCCUUUGGAAGGACGCUUAGAAACGUUUCGUCGCUUCAUGAAUAACUUUGAGCAGGUCUGUCUCAAACCUUUACUAAGAGUAAAGCUUUUAGUGGCAUAUUCGUCAUCCGUUUCUUCCCCAGAUGAACACAAAGCCGUAUUAAAGGAAUAUCAAGAUAAAUAUCCCUUAGCGGGACUUACUUGGCUCGAUGUCCCGGGUAACUUUUCCCGCGGGAUAGCAAUGAUGCUUGCAGCAGAUCAAUAUGAAAGAACGGCUUUGUUGUUCUUAUGUGACGUUGAUUUGAUAUUGAGCAAAGAGUUUAUUGACCGGUGCCGAAUGAACACAGCUCUUGGAAAACAAGUUUUUUACCCAAUAAUGUACAGCCAAUUUGAUCCCAAGUUAUCGCACACUUCUAACAACAAACCUGACACCUAUUACAACAUAAAUAAAGGUGGAGGAAUUUGGAGGACAUACUCGUACGGACCUGCUUGUAUGUAUGGUCAAGAUUUGCACGCUGUUGGAGGUUUCGAUACCAGCAUCAAAGGCUGGGGAUGGGAAGAUGUUGAUUUAUAUCAAAAAUUUAUCAAUCAUACAGAGUAUGAGGUGUUAAGAGCAGCCGAUCCCGGACUUAUUCAUAUUUAUCAUCCGGUAAACUGUGAUCCAAAUCUACCAGAUCGUCAAAUGACUCUGUGUCAAGGAUCAAAAGCAUCUGGAAUAGCCAAUCAAAAGGAAUUAUUGGAGGCUAUGCUUUCAGUAUCUACACAAAAGCCCAACAAUAGCUAAUUCCCGCAACCUUCUUGUAAUGGAGAAUCAGUACGGAACCUGCUACAAUUAUGCAAUUUUAGUCUUGCGGUCGUGUUUUCCCUCGUCUUCAGUAGAGGGCCAGUCAGAGAUAAACAGAAUUCCAAGGAGCCAGGAAAAACUGGUUUGCGUCUUGAAUCCUUUAUUAAAUUAACCUGCGAUCAGGUUACUUAAGAAUAAAUUCGUCUUUCAUUGUCUGUUUUCCUUUUAACUAUCUAAUUAUUAUUUGAAGCAGUGCUCGAUCAGGCCGGUACUCAGUUGAACGAGUAAUAAAGCGAAUUGUAAAAAUCGGCCACAGCGAUUUCAGGCAGAAAUCAGUCAGUUAUAGUACUUCAUCUUAGCUUUGUUCCCCGGCCUUCGGUGAUGGAAUAAUCAGAAUAAUGAUUCAUACAUUGUAGUAGUCAACAGAUUUAGCGUGGAAAAUAUUCAAUCGAUAAAUCAAGGCUUUAUUGAUAAUCAAGUUAGCCAUUUGGCUGAUAUUUGACCUACUAGUGAAUGCUUAUUAUAUUCGUUUUCAGUUGAGCUUGUAUGAAAAAUUGAACACAAAUUCGGGGAGGGGGGGAAUCUUACAUUAUUCCUCGGUGAUUUCCCUCAAAUGCCGAGAAAUAUGAAUUCCUUUAAAUUCAAAGAUGUCAGAUUAUCCAGUUUAGUAUAAAUCUUUGUUUGUCUA